AUGUCAAUUCAAAUGAGCCUAGUAUUUGCAUUAACCACCCUCGAAAUGGUUAUCGUUGGGCUGUUAUUGUUACCUUUACCACCAAAACUACAGACUGUUUUAAUUAGCAACUAUGACAAAUUGAUUUCCAAUCCCAACAUUAGUAUAAUUCUUUCCUUUAUUGAUGUUUUGAUUGGAAUUAUGUUUGUUGAUGCAUUCAAGAAUGGCUUUGGCAUGAUUGGAAAAGAAGAUGAAGUUAUUGAAUACUCGAAAAACUUAUGGGAAACCAGAUCACGGAAGUUUUAUUCCCAGAGAAACAUGUAUAUACUGGGGGCUGUAUUGUCAUUUCAAGUUUGUAUUUGGUUUAUUAUGAUGCUCUUAAAAUCAACAGUCAAACACAAUGAUCUUCUAUCUGGAAAGAUAGCCCAAAGAGAGGGAGACAAGGCUGCCAACGAGAAGCCAGAUCCAGAAUUGGCAGAAAGGGCAAGAGUGUUAGAACUUGAUGUCGAAACAUUGAAGAAGCAGUACGAUCAGCUUUGGGCAGAGUACUCCAAGAAGAAUACCGACACUACAGAGGCGGACGACAAAGACGACAAGGAAACAAAGAAAGAUUUAUAA